AUGUCUCAGUCUCUCCGCCCCUACCUCCAGGCUGUCCGAAGCAGCCUGACAUCUGCUCUCACCCUCUCCAACUUCGCCUCCCAGACUGCCGAGCGCCACAAUGUUCCCGAGAUUGAGGCCCAAACGUCCCCAGAGGUCCUCCUGACACCGCUGACGAUCGCCCGUAACGAGAACGAAAGGGUCUUAAUCGAGCCCAGCAUCAACUCCAUACGUAUAUCAAUCAAGAUUAAGCAGGCAGACGAGAUCGAGCACAUCCUGGUCCACAAGUUUACGCGCUUUUUGACGCAACGAGCCGAGUCGUUCUUUAUCUUGAGGAGGAAGGCGAUCAAGGGUUAUGACAUCUCGUUCCUCAUUACAAACUUCCAUACCGAAGAGAUGCUCAAACACAAGUUGGUAGACUUUAUCAUCCAAUUUAUGGAGGAAGUGGAUAAGGAGAUCUCCGAGAUGAAGCUUUUCUUGAACGCUCGUGCGAGAUUUGUCGCCGAGUCCUUCCUGACGCCUUUUGAUUAA